AAAAAACGUCGUGUAACAGCCAAUUUUUCUAGUAUAAAGAUGGUGGCUGCAAACAGUCUCAGGAAAUUUUGCCGCUUACUCUUUUUUUACCAAAUUAAUUCAUUAUUUGAAGUCACAAAGCAAUUUUGAUCAGAUUUGUCUUCAGAUAUGUUUGUAAUUGGUUUACAGUUAAGUAAGUGUAAGUUGUUUAUCAACCGCUCAACCUCCAAGGUUACAAUUCGUUGUCCAAAGUUCUUAAGACCUGUUGUUCAAUAUUUAUAUGAAAAGUUCCAAAGAGGUGAACGCAUUGAUGCUAUGUUGAUGACUCCUAUUAGUGAUGGAGUUUCUGAAGUAUCAUAUUCUUCUCCUGUUGUCAACAAAUCCGCAAAGUCUUCAAAGUCUUCAAAAUCUCCAAUGUCUCCUGAAUCUCCUGAAUCCCCUGAAUCUCCAUCCAUCACUUUUAGAUCCAUUAUUUGGUCAAAACUUUCCAGUGUUUGCAAAUUUGUCACUAAUUUGUUUAAGAAGUCUGAAAAUUCCCCUAUCAAUGUUAACGAGUCAAACAAUCCAACUAAUCCUAUUGUUUCAUUUGUUGUUAAAGCAGCCGCCAAGGUGUCCAGAUCAGUUUUUACCUUUCUUGAAAAACUCGGCGCUAACAUUUAUCCAUCCUCAAUCCAAUGCUUUUUCAACAGAUUAAAUUCCCAAUUUAAAGAAAAGCUUGGUUUGGGUUACAAAGAGAGAUACAAGGACUUAUCAUUAGAAAAUGUUAACCUUAUUAAUAGUUUAGUUGAUGCCGAAGAAGAAUUAAAGAAGUUGAAAUCAGAAAAUGGUGCUUUAUUAGAUAAGCUUAAAGCUGAAACAUUGGACUUGAACAAACAAUUGAAUGAUUCCGAAUCUAAAUUCCAGAAAUUUAAAGCUGUCAAGUCGGUGUUAAUUCAAAAGUUAAAUGGAGAAAUAUCAGAAUUGAAGAAACAAUUAAAUCACAAAGAAGCAGUUAUGGACAAGUGCAAAGCUGACAAGUUUAAGCCCGAGAAGCAGAAAUUAUUAAAGAAGUUUAACACUGAAAAGCAGGCAUUAUUAAAAAAGUUUGACGCCGAAAGAUUAGACUUAAAGGAACAACUCAGUAAGGCUGAAGAUGAAUUAGUGAUGGUGACAACAGAAAACACAGAAUUGAUGAAAAAGUAUCAUGAUUUAGAAUUAGAAUUGCAUGCCUUAGAAUUAGCCAAUCCUCCCCCUGAGGAUCCUGAAGAAAAAAAGUUCAAGAAGGGUCGUUGGGGAAAGAAUAGAAAUAAAAAAUUUUUGGCAUCCAUUGAAGAUGAGGAGGAGAAGGAGGAGGAGCUAUGGUGA